AUGAGCGAGGCCCUCUGGGGCGCAGGGCAGCUGCCUUUGGGCCCAGGAGCAGCGCUCGCCCCCACCGCACUGGCUCUGGCUGGGUGGGCAGACAUGAGCGACAGGCACGUUGCCCGGAAAUUCAGGAGAAGACAGCUCCAGCACUUCUCCCGCACCUCUAGCGCCGAGGAACCGCUUGGACAGCCCAAGAAGAAGCAGCGCAGCUCCUCCACUGAGACCACAGAAGAGAAGGCAGGCAGAGGAGACACCACCACCAUCCAGUUUUUCCCUCCAGAGCUGUUGUACUACAUCAUCUCCUUCUUGCCCGUGAAGGACGUGGUCGCUUUGGGCCAGACGUGCCGGUACUUCUAUGAGGUGUGCGACAGUGAGGGUGUCUGGCAGAGGAUUUGCCGCCGCCUGUCCCCUCGGCUGCGGGAUGAGAACUCGGGGGGCAGCCGGCCCUGGAAGCGCUCGGCCAUCCUCAACUACACCAAGGGCUUGUACUUCCAGAUGUUCAGUGGCCGCCGGCACUUUGUCAGCAAGACCGUGGCCCCUCUGCUCUCGCACGGCUACCGGAAGUUCUUGCCCACCAAGGACCACGUCUUCAUCCUCGACUACAACGGCACCCUCUUCUUCCUCAAGAACGCCCUGGUCUCCUCCACCUUGGGCCAUAUCCAGUGGCGCCGGGCCUGCCGCUAUAUGGUGCUGUGCCGCAGUGCCAAGGAUUUUGCCACCGACCCCAGGAGUGACACGGUGUACCGCAAAUACCUGUACGUGCUGGCGACCCGGGAACAGACGGUAGCCCCCGUGAUGGGGCGCAGCGAGGCCCCUGUAACAGCUGCCGGCAGCCGCCUCUGUGACUGCGUGGAGGUCUACCUGCAAUCCAGCGGGCAGCGGGUGUUCAAGAUGACGUUCCACUUCUCCAUGAAGUUCAAGCAGAUCGCGUUGGUGGGGCAGGAGACUGAGAGGUCCCUCCUCCUCCUGACAGAGGAAGGGAAGAUCUACAGCCUGGUGGUGAACGAGACGCAGCUGGACCAGCCGCGCUCCUACACGGUGCAGUUGGCUCUGCGCAAAGUCUCCAAGUGCCUUCCCCACAUCUCCAUCCGCCACGUGCACUCAAACCAAAGCAGCGCAGUCUACCUCACAGAGGAAGGGGCCGUCUACUUCGAGGUCCACUCGCCUGGCGUGUACCGGGAUCUCUUUGGCACCCUCCAUGCUUUCGACCCACUGGAUCAGCAGAUGCCCCUGGCCCUCUCCCUUCCAGCCAAGGUGCUCACCUGUGCCCUCGGCUACAACCACCUGGGGCUGGUGGAUGAGUUUGGCAGGAUCUUCAUGCAAGGAAAUAACCGCUACGGUCAGCUGGGCACAGGAGACAAGAUUGACCGUGGGGAGCCUGCUCAGGUGCACUACCUGAAGUGCCCCAUCGACCUCUGGUGUGGCCUCAACCACACCCUGGUGCUGAGCCACAGCGGAGACCUGGGGAAGGACCUCAUGGGCUGCGGCUGUGGGGCAGGGGGCCGUCUGCCCGGGUGGCCGAAGGGCAGCGCCUCCUUCAUCCGGCUGCACAUCAAGGUGCCGCCAUGCGUCCGCCGCGUCUGCUCCACUCGGGAGUGCCUCUACAUGCUGUCUAGCCACGACAUUGAGGAAGUGCCCGCCUACCGCGAGCUGCCCGCCAGCAAGGCAGGGCUGCCCUCCAGCGACACGGAGGCCCUGGCCGCCCGGGCAUGCGAGGAGUACCUGAGCCAGCUGCACAAGUGCCCAACGCUCGAGGGGCGCAUGGCCAAGAUGAAGGAGGCGGUGGGCAGCAUGCCUCUCAUGACGUUCCAGAAGGAUUUCUUCUGGGAGGCUUUGGACAUGAUCCAGCGAGCAGCUGAACUCCGCGAGGCCCCGACUCCCAGCUAG